AACUGGCCCGGUACUGCUUUCGGGGCGUUCGAGCACUCCAGUAGGAAGUCCAUUUAUCUCUUUUGACUUCAAUUCACGAAGAUGGACCCCGUUGAGCUUGCAACGUCCUGCGCGAUGCCGCCGGUGCUGUCAAAGUCUGCUGUUGCGGAGCAUCCCAAGACCCUGCGCUCAGCACAUCUGAAGACGGAUACGUAUGGCGUCGCGGCGGUCGCCCCUUACCAGGCGAUGCCAGUCGCUGGGCCAGUCAUUACCCACCAUAAGUCCUCGGCCUUGCCGGUUGUCGAGCCUCACCCGGAGCUGACGGAGGAGGAACGUGAAGCGCGCAUCGCAGAGAUUAUUGGCAACUACAUGAAGAAGCUGUCGGAGAGGACGCACCUCCACAUGGGGUACCCCUAUAACCUUGAGUUCGAUUACGGGCUGUUGGAGGGGCUCACGAAGUUCAGCAUCAAUAACCUCGGCGACCCGUUUAUCGAGAGCAACUACGGCGUCCAUUCUCGGGAGUUCGAGGUUGGCGUACUGAACUGGUUUGCUCGGCUCUGGGAGAUUGACGAGGAGGAGUACUGGGGCUACAUUACCACCUGCGGCACGGAGGGCAACCUGCACGGUAUCUAUGUGGGCCGUGAGAACUUCCCGGAUGGCGUCCUGUACGCGUCCGCGGAGUCCCACUACUCCGUGUUCAAGGCGGCCCGCAUGUACCGCAUGCAAGCCGAGAAGAUCCCCACCCUGGAGAGCGGCGAGAUCAACUACGAUGACCUGAAGGCGGCCCUCAUCGCCAACCGCGGCAAGCCCGCCGUGCUGAACCUCAACAUCGGCACCACGGUGAAGGGUGCCGUGGACGACGUGGACCGCGUGCUCGCCGUCCUCAAGGAGACUGGCUACACCGAGGACAAGUUCUUCAUCCACUGCGAUGGCGCGCUGUUCGGCAUGAUGAUGCCCUUCCUCAGCCGUGACGCGCCCAUGGUCACCUUCCGCAAGCCCAUUGGCUCGGUGUCCGUGUCGGGACACAAGUUCGUGGGCGCGCCUGUGCCGUGCGGUGUCGUCAUCACCCGCUUCAAGUACGUGAUGGCCCUGUCCUCGGACGUGGAGUACCUGAACAGCCGCGACGCCACCAUCAUGGGCAGCCGCAACGGCCACGCGCCCAUCUACCUGUGGUACACGCUCACCCGCAAGGGCUACGAGGGCAUGCGCCGCGACGUGGAGCGCUGCAUGCGCAACGCGCACGUCCUCAAGCAGAUGCUUGAGAGCGCUGGCGUGAAGACCAUGCUCAACGAGCUCUCCAACACGGUCGUCUUUGAGCGGCCCAGGGAGGAGGCCUUUGUGCGCAAGUGGCAGCUGGCGUGCGAGGGCGACAUUGCGCACGUCAUUGUCAUGCCCAACAUCACCGUGGAGAAGCUCGAGGACUUUGUGGCUGACUACGUGCAGAGCCGUGCGCGUGUGUCCAUUGCGGCGGCCAAGCGCGUUGCCAGUGAGGCCAAGGCGGCUGAGGAGGACGCGUAAGGUGUAGGGCUGCGUUGGUUGCGCCGUCGUUGCGCUCUCUUUUUGUGGUGCUGGUAAUUCCGUGAUUUGGGUUGGUCUGUUUUCUCGGUGGGUGUGUUGCAUCUGCGAUGGCAGGAUUGAUGGCAGCAGGGGUGUGCAGGGCGAGGGUGCCCUGCAGUGCUGUACACGUG